UAUGGAAUAAGGGGUAAUCUCAAAAGCUGGAUAACUACUUGGCUAACAUGUAGAGAACAAUCUGUUGUAGUAGAUGGAGUAUCUUCUCCUGCAGUCCAUGUGUCAUCUGGUGUUCCCCAGGGGACAGUCCUAGGUCCCCUAAUGUUUCUUCUCUAUAUAAAUGAUAUUGGGGAUAACUGCAGUUCUGCUAUACGAUUAUUUGCUGAUGAUACCUUCCUCUAUAGUAUCAUUGAAUCGACUCUGGACGCUGGUCAACUCCAACUUGAUCUUUCUACAAUUGAACAAUGGGCAAAAAAAUGGCUCAUGCAAUUUAACCCCAGCAAAUGUUUUGUUAUGAGAGUCACCAGGAAAUCUCAUCCAAUAAUUUUCGAUUACAAGCUGAUGGGUCAUACUUUGGAGUCUGCGUCACACUAUCCAUACCUUGGGGUGGAAUUGUCAAGUUCACUAGACUGGAGUCAUCAUAUUGAUAUGAAGACUAAUAAGGCAAACAGAUCUUUGGAUUUCUUAAAAAGGAAUCUUGGAAAAUGUCCUGAAUCUAUCAAAGAACUGUCAUAUAAAUCCUUAGUUCGACCGCAUCUCGAGUACGUAAGCGCAGUCUGGGACCCCUGGAAGGACAAACACGUAAAUCAAAUUGAAGCUUUUCAAAGAAGAUCUGCACGUUUUGUAAAAAAUUGUUGGGAGCGUAAACCAGGGACUGUAUCAAAUCUUCUAAAUGAUUUGGACUGGCCUCCAUUACAGAAAAGAAGAAAGUCUGCACGUUUAACCAUGUUCUACAAGAUUCUCCAUGGCGAAGUCCAGAUGGAACUCCCAAAUUAUAUCAAGAGGAAAAACCGUCAAUUAAGAUCAUAUCAUAAGGAUAAAUUCAUAGAAAUAAAACCGAACACUGAAACGUAUAAGAAUUCAUUUUAUUGUAGAACAAUCAAAGACUGGAACUCCUUACCAAAUAGUGUUUUAGGAAUUGAUAAAUUAAUUAAUUUUAAAGAUGCAAUUAGAGGAAUUUAACCUUUAACAUAUAU